UCUGCCUGCGUCCCAUGUCAGCCUCCUGCCGUCGCCUGCACACACACAUGACCCGGGUCACAUGACGGUAAGCCUCGUUACUACCUCCUGGUUCAGACAGACUGGCUGCACGGAGCGAGGCUAGCUGUUAGCUUCAACUGUCUACACGGCCGAGAUGAGUUUCCUGGGAGGUUUGUUCGGGCCAGUAUGUGAGAUAGACGUACUGCUGAACGAUGCAGAGAACAGAAAGACGGCCGAGUUGAAGACAGAAGAUGGGAAAGUGGAGAAACACUACCUGUUCUACGACGGAGAGUCUGUGUCUGGCAAGGUGAAUGUAAAUGUGAAGCAGGGAGGAAAGCGACUGGAACAUCAGGGCAUCCGCAUCGAGUUUGUUGGUCAGAUAGAGCUAUUCUCUGAUAAGAGCAACACCCAUGAGUUUGUGGACUUGGUUAAAGAGUUGGCUCUUCCUGGAGAACUCAACCAGAACAGGAGCUACGACUUUGAGUUCAUGCAGGUGGAGAAGCCCUAUGAGUCGUACACUGGAGCCAAUGUCAGGCUAAGGUAUUUUCUCAGGGUGACAGUAGUACGCCGUCUGUCUGACUUAGUGAAGGAAUAUGAGCUGAUUGUCCACCAGUUAGCCACCUACCCAGACGUCAACAACUCGAUCAAGAUGGAGGUUGGCAUUGAAGACUGUCUGCACAUUGAGUUUGAAUACAACAAAUCCAAAUACCACCUUAAGGACGUGAUUGUUGGGAAGAUCUACUUCCUGCUGGUCAGGAUCAAGAUUCAACACAUGGAGCUACAGCUCAUCAAGAAGGAGAUAACAGGCAUAGGUCCCAGUACUACCACAGAGACUGAGACGGUUGCAAAGUAUGAGAUCAUGGAUGGUGCUCCAGUUAAAGGAGAAUCAAUCCCCAUAAGACUGUUCCUGGCAGGAUAUGACCUGACAGCAACCAUGAGGGAUGUCAACAAGAAGUUCUCUGUACGCUACUUCCUUAAUCUGGUGCUGGUGGAUGAGGAGGACAGAAGAUACUUUAAACAACAGGAGAUCGUUUUGUGGAGAAAAGCUCCAGAGAAGCUGAGGAAAAGAAACUUCCAUCAGCGCUACGAGUCGCCUGAGCCCCGAACCCAGCCAGUUAACGCGGAGCAGCCAGAGAUGUGAGGGCGAUGCUAUGAACUUAAAACACACACAGACACACCCCAACUCUUCACUGCUGAACAGCCAGAGGUGUGCGGGCUGCCCCACUAUCUCCCUGGACUGAGAAAUGUCUGUAUACAUGCCCCCUCGUCACUUCGCAGCUUCAGAUGUGAGCUGUCUGACCACCAUCACUCUCUCUCCCCCCAGGACUGAAACACACUCGCAUACAAUCCAAGUAGGCCGAAUGCUAAAUGUCAAGGCAAGAGUGUAAAUCAAACACGACACGAGUAAGAAACAGUGAGGCAGCCUGUUUGAUCUUGGCGCCUCAGACAGAAAACACACACACACGUGAAGCCAUACAGUCUCAGCUUGCAGAAUAAAACAGGAGCAAAUACGGAAAAGAGGAGUUGGCUACAGACGACCGCCACACCAUUUAUCCCUUUCUUUUGCAACAGGAGCUUCUUUUGUUUGCAUAUUUAGGCAGCCGUUAUCCUGGACUUUCUCUGGCAUCCUCCCUCCCACACCUACAAAAUGACGCUCUAUAGAGUCUAGCCAGUGAAGUUUUCAAGACUUGUGGGGAUCGACUUGAACAAGGGACAUGAGAGGCUAAGCUAUGAGUCAACACACGCGCUCUUUAUUGCGCUGUUUAUUCACAAUGCCUGAGUUUAAGCUACAUGCCACUGUGCUCUCAUUCGUCCAUCUACCACCCGGUCAUUGUUAAGUAUGAUGCAACAGUCCACAGACGGCUAUUUUCCUGCAAAUGUCUGCUUAAUUGGGAAAUUAAGAGUUUAGUGCAACAAAUGUUCAACUGAACAUACAUUUAAUCCUACAUUUCAAAUUCUAAUGUGGCUGUUUGUUUCCUGUUCCACUCCACAUCUCAUUUCAUACAUACAAGAUUUUUAUUAUUCAAAAUGGACAUAAUCAUUUCAAUGUUAUUUAUUUAAUAAAAUGAUUUAAUAAAAUAAAAUAAUCUAGAGCUGCAACUAACGAUUAUUUUCAUUAUCGAUUCAUUUGCAGUUUCUCAAUUGAUUCAUCGUUUAGUCUGUAAAAUGUCAGAAAAAAAGUUAAUUGUGUCAGUCACAAGACCCGAGGUGACAUCUACAUAAAUCUUGUUUUGUCUGACCAGCAGUCUGACACCCCGAAGUAUUCAAUAUACAGUUACAUAAUAUAGAGAAACGCAUCAAAUGCUAACUUUGGAGAAGGUAGAACCAGAGAAUAUUUUGAGUUCUUCCUUAAAAAAAAGUCUGAAACAAUUAAUCGAUCAUCAAAAUAGUUGACUAAUUAAUUUUUAGGCUAAUGGUUGCAGCUCUAAAAGCAUCAUAUGUUCAAAGUCUCUGCCUGUUAGAGAUUCCUCAGCUCAACAACAUUUCAGUCUCUUUGUUUAGAUGAAUAUUUGAUGUUGUUUUCACUGAUGAGGUCUGUCAGGUUACUGCAGAAUUGCCUCCAAAUGUAUCUAAAGAUUCACUCUUCUUCAUUCAUUCAUGUUUUUCUGGCACGAGGCAUUUUGUUUGAUCUUUAAAGUGCCAUUUAUUUAUGACUAGUCUUUAAGAAUAGAAACCUUUUUGGUGUUUGUCUUCCAAAGUUAUUUUAAGGACCAGAUCUAACUACAAAAAAACCUAACUACAAAAGAAAGAAAAAGUAAAAAGAUAAGUGGAUAAUCAAAAUUAAUGGAAGGUUAAAUUUCAGUACUUUGAGCACCCCAGGUGAAAUUCCAUUGACUUCCAUUUUAUUGGGGUGGAGGAAGAAAUUUCCGGGAGAGAGAUCUCAAAACAAGGACAUAUAUGGCUAAAUCGAAAAUAUGUUUGUUUGUUUGUAAUUUUUGGUGAACUGAACAUUUAAGUUCCAGUGUCGGGGCCAGUGUCAGCUGACUCACUUCAGUAUUUCUAAAAUUCAAAGCUUAAAAAUGGUUGAAAGUUGAGUUGAAUUUUUCUGGCUACUUAUACAUGGAAAUGAAUGUUCUGUCAUCACCUCACAAGUAGCAGUUUCCAUUUCUAUUUGACAUGAUUCAAUAGAAUAAUUAAGCAAUGCCAGCCAUGAUCAGCACACUGUAAAUCCACUGUUCUUGCUGGUUCCACCUUUUCUUUUUCAUAGGGUGCAGCGUUUUUGAGCCUGUUUGUUCCAUACAAGUAGAAUACUAAUGUUAAUAAAUGGCUCAUUUCUGAAAUUGUAA